GAGGCCUUUUCCCCACUGGAUCCCAUGAGUAUGAGGUGUUUCGUUUCGCCCUGGCUCAGCACCAGGACGUCCCCAAACUGGUGCCACAGGUGGACAUGGUGGACACAGGGAGCAGCUUCGCCAUGACCUACGCCUUCUGCUCCCAGUUCUCUAAGGGUGUGUAUGCCAUCAUGGGCCUGUAUGACCGGCGGACCGUCAACAUGCUGAUGUCUUUCUGUGGCUCUCUUCACGUCUGCUUCGUCACGCCGUCCUUCCCCGUCCACACCAACAACCAGUUUGUGCUGCAGCUGCGGCCCCAGCUCCAGGAGCCCCUCAUGGCCCUGCUGGACCACUUCUACUGGACCAGGUUCGUCUACAUGUACAGCUCCGACUCAGGUGAGCAGCGCUCAGUGAAACACCUGUCUGAUGUUUUUACUCACACAUGAAACAUGGAGACUGAUUCAAUCACAUCAUAACUCAUCACUGCAGUUUACCUCCUCUCU